AUGACGUUGCACUCGCAAUUUGCGGAGAAUUUUCCGUCACGAAAUGUAGGCGGUUUUGGUUUUGUUGUGCACCCAUCUGUCGUCCAUCUUGUCGAUUCUUACGAGAUCCUGUUACCUCAUCUGGUCAUUCUUUGCCUCCGCCCUCUGCACCAAAAGUCCGUCAGCAUCAUCAACUGCUACUCACCAACAUCAGCAGUUGGUGAAUCCGAAUUGCACGCGUUUUACGAAGAGCUGGAGGAAGUGGUCCGCAACGAGAAGUCCUUCUUCAAAUUCAUCGUCGGGGAUUUCAACGCAAAACUAGGAAAGGCUGCAGAAGAGAGUAGAGGAUCGGAAGAUUUGGACUAG